GGGGUCUAAGAACAACAACAACAACAACAACAACAUGGCGGUAUUGAAAUUUUCCUCUUUUAUUGAAGCCGACAAUUACAUAAAAGAUGAAGAAAUAAAAACGUGCACACGUUUUGUUUUUCUGGCAAGACGUGGGUCACCGAAGUCUACAGAAUUAAGCACCAAGGAUGGCGUUGUGUUUCGAUUUGAAGAAAUGCGUGGUUCCAUGCCAAUACCAUUUGAUGGAUGUCCAUUUGUGCAAUUGGGAACGGAAGUAAGAGAAUGCCACCAUGGUCCAAAUAGGAAGGAAACAAAGAAAACUCAGCCUGCAGCUCCUGAGGUUCAGAUUAUCACCAAUCAGACGUCUAUAGCAAUGGAGGAAGUGGCACCCGUAGCCGUUAGCGACGCUAAGCAGCUGGCACCAGAGAGAACUAAGAAUGAUCCCGAACAUACAUAUGCUGGCGUCAAGAGGAAAAUAAUUCAAAGCACAAAGAAACGUGGCUGUUACUGCCAGAUUCGAAUGAAAACCAUCUUGCGGUUCCCAGACUAUAAGCUUGAAGGCACAGACACAAGGCGGAAAAGACUGGCUGUCAUAGAUCGGCUAAAAUCAUCUGAAGUCUCUUUAUUGAGAGGAGAAGUGUGUGUUCUUGUUGCCUAUGUUGGAACCCACGAGAAUCACAUAAUGGGCGAGGAGGCUGGAUUAACCCAGCAUAUAGACAAGGAGCUGAUAGAUGUUAUAGUCAAGUUUAUAGACGAGGGCGUGUAUGACUCCCCGAGUAUGAAGCAGCAUCUAGAGCAGUACGUGCAGCGCUGCCAUCCUGCCAUCCUCCCUACCAACAGGCGCUUCUACCCUACCAUCCAUAUCAUACAGAACCAUAUGCACAAAGCUUUACGUAUAAAAUUCCCCAAUGGCGAGCAUAAAGCGAAGGUUAAAGGCAGCAGGCAAAGGGAAGAGGGUAGCAAACGCAAAAAUAGAACGGAUGCAACAAAGAAAAAGGAUCACUCCACAAAACACCAAACCAAAGUGAGACCACCAACACAAAGUAAUCCUAAGGUUAACACUGAUGGUACUGUGAUUCAACAACAUUACAUAGAUGAUACUGCAGACCGUGAAGAUGAGGUUGUACAGUGCCCACCAGACUAUGUUGAUGAACAAGAAGUCCAAUCAGCUACUCAAGUAAUACACAAUAUUGCAUGUGUGCUGUCAUCUAUGAAAGAGGAUCAACACUUGUCAAGACAAAGAAAGAGGAAGUCAGAUAUGAUGAGUAGUUCUGAUGACUGGUACAAGAGAGAGCGCCUCAAAAUUGAAAGAGAGAUGCUGGAAGAAAUUAGGACAAGAAACAGACUGCUCCAAGAUAUGAACACUAACAUGGAAACACUAAUAGCGCUUAAAAGAGUCAAACUUUUCAGCGAGAACCAAUUAAUACUAGAACAUUAAAGAAAUGUGUUCACUUUGUUCUGUUAAUCUCUUAAUAUGAUGUGGCAUAUUUGUACCUAAAAUUGAAGAGGGUAUUGUUUCCACAAAGUAAUGAUACCUCAAAUUUAAUGAAACAGUAUCCAUGUUUUUAUGACAUGCAUAUAUUUUAUGGACUUUUCAAUGAUGUGUAGGGUUAAAAUUGUCACUGCUUGUAUGGGAUUAGGCUUGCCAUAGAUUUUAACUACUGGGCUCACAUAAGUACAGCCAUGAGACUGCGGAAGUGAAAAGUCAUUGACAAUGUCAUUUUUCAAUGUUGCACAUAACAUGUAAAUCAGCUUUUUGCUUGUUCAGUCUAUAAACUUGUAAUUAAAAGAGGUUUUUGGAAUUGCUGGGUGCAUAUGUUUUCCAAACUGCAUUUAAUGUGCAUGAAAUCAUGUUUCAAGAUCAUGUUUAAUGGGUCAGUCAUAGAAAUUGACUGUAAGUGUGUCUUGAUUGCUUGAUGACAACCAGAAAUUAAGUUAAUAAGUCUCAGUACUUCCACACCUUUUUUCUGCUCUGUAAAUUCGUACAACUUUAAUUAUUCAUUGUAUUUAAUUCAAGAUACAUGUUGUUAUCAAUAUGUGCAGACAAUGUUUUGCAUACAUGACUAAAGCAUUUGCGUCAAAGUUCAUGAACAAAAGUAAAACUUAUUAUUUGUUGAAAUAGAAUUUUUCUCACUAAUUUUCCUCUGCAUUAAAUGAUUUUUAAAUACUGUAAAAUCUUUAUUUUUCGUGGGACAUUAAUUUUUGUUGAUUUCUUGGGUUGACUGAUCCAGGAAUUUAACACAAACACAUCAAAAAAUGACUGUCGACAAUUUCCAAAUCAGAACCAUGUCAAUUCACGUUUCCAUGAAAAAUAUAGCUUCCUUAUAGGUAACGGUUAUAUUUGACAUCAAAUGUGUUAGGACAGUACUUUAUAUUCAAAGUAGCAUAAUUAUGAUGGAUUAAAUGUGUAUCUACAGGGACAGCCCUAGGUAAUCAGGCUUCAAAUAAACAAAAAUGUGAAGACUUUAAAUAAAGUUAUUAAGAUUUCA